CAUUAAUAAGAAAGAAGAAGCAAAAGCUGAAACAGCAAGAUCUGAGCGCGCGGGUGCCGACGACGAAGUCUUUGUGUCUGGUUCCUUCAACAUUUGUUCUAAAUUUCUGAGAUACUUCACCUUUACCAGUGAGUCCACAAUCCUUUUGCUAGAAUUUAUAAACAUGCACUAUUACCUAUUACAAUUAUAAUUAGACAGAGCGACCCAUGAUACUGAACAAGAGGAUGGUACCGGUAGGCUCCCGCUUUUGGCAUAAUCUCCUCCACAUUUCUUUCAUUUUCCUUUUCCUUCCACAAUGUUGUUCCUACUCUAGUGACCUUGACGCACUGUUGAUGCUCAAGAAAUCCAUGAUUGGACCCCAAGGUUCGGGGCUAGAGGACUGGGAGCCCUCUUCUCGCUACUACUGCUCCUUCUCUGGAGUUUCAUGUGACCACCAAUCACGAGUUGUUGCUCUUAACGUGACCAGUUUUCCUCUGUUUGGCUCGAUUCCGGUGGAGAUUGGGCUUCUGAACAAGCUCAUCAACCUCACCAUUGCCGACGACAGCUUAGCAGGGAGUCUUCCACUGGAGAUCGCCAACCUGACUUCAUUAAAGCUUUUGAACAUCUCCAAGAACGUCUUCAGUGGAAGGUUUCCUGGAGAAAUCAUACUCCGAAUGACGGAGCUUGAGGUUCUCGACGCCUACGACAACGACUUUAUUGGGAGCCUUCCCCUUGAGAUCGCCAGUCUCAAAAAGCUCAAAUAUCUAGAUCUUGGCGGGAGCUUCUUCACCGGGGAAAUUCCCGGAAAUUAUUCAAAUAUUCAUAACUUAGAAUAUUUGGCCCUCAGCGGUAACUUGCUUGCCGGAAAACUUCCGGCCAGCUUGGCUCGGUUGAAGAAUCUCAAGGAAUUUCAUGUCCAGUACUUAAACAAUUUCGACGGUGGAAUUCCACCUGAGUUGGGGAUGUUAGAGUCGCUGCAAGUGCUUGACAUGGCCGGCUGUGACCUCUCCGGCACGAUUCCGACGACUCUGGGCUUUUUGAAGAACUUACACUCGCUGUAUAUAUGGGAUAACCGUUUGAGUGGUAAUAUACCUCCAGAACUUUCGGGUAUGGCCAAACUUAUGAAUCUGGACCUCUCUGAAAACGAACUCACCGGUGAAAUACCAGAGAGUUUCUCAAAGCUCAAGAACCUUACACUUCUCAACCUGUUUAAGAACAAUCUCCACGGCCAGAUACCCAACUUUAUUGGUGAUCUUCCUCAUCUGGAGAUGCUUCAAGUUUGGAACAACAACUUUACAUUUGCUCUACCGGAGAGUCUUGGCCGGAAUGGAAGACUUAUUUACAUUGAUGUAAGCGGAAACCGCCUCACCGGGCUGAUUCCUCUCGAUCUGUGCAAGGGAAGGAGGUUGAGUGUGUUGAUUCUGAAGGAUAAUCAAUUCUUUGGCUCGAUUCCAGAGGAAUUGGGCCGGUGCAAGUCUCUCGAGGAUAUCCAAUUGAUGAGAAACACACUCACAGGGGCUAUUCCUGCUGGAAUCUUCAGCUUACCUAAUUUGUUCUUUAUUAUGCUCGACGAUAACCAAUUGUCUGGAGAACUUCCGAUGCAGAUGUUGGGUGCCCCACUCGAAGGCCUCACACUUUCCCGGAAUCAGAUUUCUGGAAAAAUCCCAUCCACCAUUGGUUCAUUCAAGGACUUACAAACUCUUUUGCUGGAUAACAACAGAUUCUCCGGGCAAGUACCAAAAGAAAUCUUCAGUUUACAAUCGUUAAACAGACUCAACAUGAGCACCAACGAAUUCGGUGGUGAAAUUCCGGCUGCAAUUUCUGACUGUUCCUCUCUAACGUCCCUAGAUUUAAGUCAAAACACUUUAGUUGGGGAAAUCCCAAGAGGGAUAGGCAAACUCUUUCAGAUUGGCAUUCUUAAUUUCUCAAGGAACAAGCUAACAGGUCCAAUACCUGUGGAAUUCAAAUACAUGGCGAACCUUACAACUUUGGAUCUCUCCUAUAACAAUUUCAUUGGUAGGAUCCCAACCGCAGGUCAGUUUUUAGUGUUCAACAACGCUUCAUUUAAUGGAAAUCCACAUUUGUGUUUGCCGAGAAAUGUUUCAUGCAGCUCCUAUAACCACCCACGACCUCGAGACCAUAAAGUCAUCAUUGCUGGACUCACUGGAGCUCUGGUAACUUUGCUACUCAUGCCGCUUCUCAUAUAUGUACUUAUCUGGGUUUAUAGGAAGCAAAAGAUCAGAAAGAUUGAGAAAUGUGGCUCUUGGAAGCUCACAGUUUUCCAAGUACAGCAUGAUCUCAAUAUAGAGGACGUUCUCCAGUGCCUAAACGCAGAGAACAUUAUCGGCAGGGGUGGUGCUGGAGUUGUCUACCGAGGGACAAUGCCAAAUGGUGAUCAUGUCGCCAUCAAGCGGUUGAAGAGGGAUCAGGGAUUUUCGGCUGAAAUUAAAACAUUGGGACAAAUCAAGCACCGGAAUAUAGUGAGGCUGUUGGGGUACAUGUCAAACAUGGACACUAAUUUGUUGUUGUACGAGUACAUGCCUAAUGGUAGCUUGGGACAGCUUUUGCAUGGGUCUAAUGGAGGGCAUUUGGAGUGGGAAAUGAGGUACAAGAUUGCUGUGGAAGCUGCAAAGGGAUUGUGUUAUCUCCACCAUGAUUGCUUGCCUCUGAUUAUACACAGGGAUGUAAAGUCCUAUAACAUCUUGCUGGACUCUAAUUUCGAAGCUCAUAUUGCUGAUUUCGGGCUUGCCAAGUACUUUCAAGGACCAACAGAUUGCAUGUCUUCGUUUGCUGGUACCUUUGGUUACAUUGCCCCAGAGUAUGGUCGCACAAUGAAAGUGGAUGAGAAAAUUGAUGUGUACAGCUUUGGUGUGGUUCUGCUGGAACUAGUAACAGGGAGGAAACCAGUGGUGGAACUAGUAGAAGAAGUUAUGAACAUAGUAAGUUGGGUAAGUCAAACCACAUCACAAAUCGCUCAGCCAUCCACUACAUCAUCUGUACUCACAGUAAUGGACUCCAGGCUCAGUGGGUUCCCACUGGCAAGUGUCGAGCAUGUGUUCAAGAUAGCUAUGAUGUGCGUCGACAAUCACAGCCCUGCAAGACCUACGAUGAGGGAAGUCGUCUACUUCCUCACUAAUCCUCCUUGUUCUGCUCCAGGCAUGACAAACCCUUAGGAUGUUGUGCGCUAUGCAUAUUAAGUAUUGACUAAAACUUAUAGUGCAGAUAUAGCCUGCAACAUAUCUGGUCCAAACACCACCACUUAGUGUGUGGCUUUGAAGUUUCUAUAAUAAGAAUGGAGGCUAGCAUGCAGUUGAUAUGCUUUGUUUUCCAUCUUCUACUUUCUUCUAGAAGGGCUGCUAGCAUAUUUACCUUAAGAGCAUGAUUUUUCAUAGAUAUGAAACCAAGUGAUUCCUCAUAAAAGCACAUAUUGCUUGCUUACUUUGAUCACCUUCAUUAUUUCUCAGCAAAAGAUGCCUGUUGAAAUAACUAUAUGAUUUCAUUUAUAAAUAGAAACUCUGUGUACUGCAGCAAUGAAUGUAGCCUACAAGUCUCCAAUAAUGAUGAAAAUCGGCCUUGAAGUGUAUAACAAUGAACUGAACCUUAAGGCUUAAAUCAAAUUUUCUUCUGAUCUCUCUAAUAUGAAGAUAUUGCC